CCCUUUAAAUAUAGAUAAAACUGCUAAUACACACCUUUUACCUAUGCCUGUCCCUAAAGUGAUGUUAAUUGAAUGUGUUAUUUGUUUCAGGUCGCUCAAAUAUGGAUAGAUCUCGGAAAUACUUCCUCUUCAUCGCCAUACAAUUAAUCUACGCGAUAUCAGGCCAAGAAGUGCAAAAACGAGUGCCGCAAGGCUUCCUGGGUAUGCGAGGCAAGAAGUUCGAAUCCGAAUCCACCGAGCAGUUUUACAAAAGGAAGCCACAAUUUUUCGUCGGCGUCAAAGGCAAAAAGAACAUAUUCGACCUCCUUGAUAGCGAAGAAAAAAGAGGCCCUAUGGGCUUCGUCGGUAUGAGAGGGAAAAAAGAGUUUUUUCUGCCGGAAACCUAUCCGGGAUACGAACUUGGGCCAAAGAGGGGAUCCUUGAUAGGACAGAUCGAUUACACAUCCAGCGACGAGAAUGACCAAAUCAAUUACGAUUUUCCUUUAUUCAGAGAGCUUCUUAACAAGUAUUUACAGAAAGCCGAAGAAACAGAGCAGACCACAGAAAUUCCUGAUACUGGCGAAGAAUACGAGCGGAUCUCCAAUGAAGUAGACAAGCGAGCGGCUAAUAUACAUCAGUUCUUCGGUGUGCGCGGAAAGAAAUCUAUUCAAAAUAAGCGACCUUAUGACCUUACGUUUAGAGGUAAAUUCAUUGGUGUGAGGGGCAAGAAGGACUUGAAGAAUAGCGGCGCUCACGAGAUCAGGUUUUUGCUCGGCUCUAAUAGUCCAUGGCCGAAGCGGAGGACCCAAAUGGGCUUUGUCGGGAUGCGUGGCAAGAAAUGGACGGAUGUAUAUGAUUAUUUAGCAUGGAUAUACUCUUAUAAUCAAUUAAUCUACGCGAUAUCAGGCCAAGAAGUGCAAAAACGAGUGCCGCAAGGCUUCCUGGGUAUGCGAGGCAAGAAGUUCGAAUCCGAAUCCACCGAGCAGUUUUACAAAAGGAAGCCACAAUUUUUCGUCGGCGUCAAAGGCAAAAAGAACAUAUUCGACCUCCUUGAUAGCGAAGAAAAAAGAGGCCCUAUGGGCUUCGUCGGUAUGAGAGGGAAAAAAGAGUUUUUUCUGCCGGAAACCUAUCCGGGAUACGAACUUGGGCCAAAGAGGGGAUCCUUGAUAGGACAGAUCGAUUACACAUCCAGCGACGAGAAUGACCAAAUCAAUUACGAUUUUCCUUUAUUCAGAGAGCUUCUUAACAAGUAUUUACAGAAAGCCGAAGAAACAGAGCAGACCACAGAAAUUCCUGAUACUGGCGAAGAAUACGAGCGGAUCUCCAAUGAAGUAGACAAGCGAGCGGCUAAUAUACAUCAGUUCUUCGGUGUGCGCGGAAAGAAAUCUAUUCAAAAUAAGCGACCUUAUGACCUUACGUUUAGAGGUAAAUUCAUUGGUGUGAGGGGCAAGAAGGACUUGAAGAAUAGCGGCGCUCACGAGAUCAGGUUUUUGCUCGGCUCUAAUAGUCCAUGGCCGAAGCGGAGGACCCAAAUGGGCUUUGUCGGGAUGCGUGGCAAGAAAUGGACGGAUGAAUCCAGUCUUGAAGGUGAUCUGCCCAACUAA